AUGUCUACCAAAGCACCCCCGUCGCAAACCGGCGACACGGCGCCUUCGACAACCUCAACUACUUCAACCCUCGAAACCCCCAAAUCCGAUGCCCAAAUCUUGCAAAAUAACCAGGUCAUCAAGGAAGACACAAAAAGCCCUGAUUCCGGCGUUGGUGAUGACCUCCCCGGUGACACUAGCCCCGGCGGCUUCACUUUGUUGAUGACCGUCGCAGCUCUAGCCAUGAGCAUGUUCCUGGUUUCAUUGGAUAUGACGAUUGUGGCAACCGCGAUUCCAAAGAUUACGGAUGAAUUUGGUGGAAUCGAGGACGAGGGAUGGUAUGGAUCCGCCUUCUUCAUCACCCUAGGGAGCUUUCAGGCAGCAUGGGGCAAGGCGUACAAGUACUUUCCAUUGAAGAAAUCGUUCUUGAUAUCCAUUUUCAUCUUUGAAGUUGGAAGCGUCGCACCCAGUAGUAUUGCACUGAUCGUCGGGCGAGCUGUUACUGGCGUUGGAGGCGCAGGCAUUUCCUCGGGCGCAUUUACCAUCAUCGCUCUGUCCGCUCCGCCGAAACAGCGCCCUGCCUAUAUUGGAAUCCUGGGUGCCUCUUAUGGAAUUGCCGCAGCUAUUGGUCCUCUAGUUGGAGGUGCCUUCACCAGCAAUGUUACUUGGCGAUGGUGUUUCUAUAUCAAUCUGCCCAUUGGUGGACUUGCAGCUGAUACUCAGUUGAAGGAAAAGAUUCUCCAAAUGGAUCUGGGUGGUACUUUAUUGCUACUGUCCGCUCUGGUAUGUUAUGUUCUUGCUCUGCAGUGGGGUGGAAUCUCACUACCUUGGAGUGACUCCAAAGUUGUCGGCACUUUGGUAGGAUUCUUAAUACUACUAAUUGUCUACGGUAUUGUGCAAUGGCUACAGAAGGAGCGUGCAGCAAUGAUCGGACGUCUUUUCCGGCGAAACGUGAUUAUCACCAUGAUCUAUAUCGACUUACUGGCAGGAACAUUUUUCUUGCUGGUUUACUAUCUACCCAUCUAUUUCCAAGUUGUUUCUGGUGCAUCUGCUGCUCAGAGUGGUAUCAGGAACUUGCCUUUGAUUCUAGCUCAGAGUGUUGCAACUGUGGUGUCGGGUGUGACCCUCAGUAAAUAUGCAUACCCACAGCCUUUCCUCCUAACCGGAGCGGCACUCACAGCGAUCGGCUCAGGUUUGCUUUACACCCUUGAGAUCAAUACUGGAUCUGGCAAGUGGAUUGGAUAUCAGCUACUGGCUGGUAUUGGCAUUGGAUGGUGCUUCCAAGUUCCCGUGGUCACUGCACAAGCAUCCGUUAAGCCAGAAGACUUGCCGUCUGUGACGGCGAUGGUGUUAACUGUACAAACAAUCGGAGGGUCUGUAUUUGUUAGUGCUGGUCAAUCAGCUAUGGUCAAUGUUUUGCUUAAUGUUCUCCGUGGAGAGACGUCAACCGUCGAUGCCUCCAAAGUUGCGAUGACAGGCGCAACUGAGCUACGUGAAGUUUUCUCUUCUGAGCAAAUGAGCUAUAUCCUCGGCGCAUAUAUGCAAGGUCUUCAGGCAGCAUUCCUGGUGGCCGUUGUCGCAUCUUGUUUGGCCACUGUGAUCUGCGGUGACGGACGCUGCUCGUUCAACGUCAGUGGGUCACAUUUCACAACGAAUGUAAUUAUGCUUGCCAAUUCACAUUCACCACCGCCCCCACCCGAGGAUCAACAACCGCCUCGCAAGAGAAUCCGAAAGGGGACCCGCAGCUGUUGGGAAUGUAAACAUCGUAAGGUUCGCUGUCACUAUGUCUCCGGUGGCGAUUCCAGUUGUCGCGAAUGUCUAGCCAGGGGAACGGUUUGUCGCAGCCAAGAUUUCCCAGAACCUGAAAAUCUACGCGAAUCAGACCGCACAUCACUCAAUGAUCGGCUAGGUCGCGUAGAAUCCCUCUUAGAGAGAGUCUUGCGAAGAUUGGAUACUCUUGAUGAUAAACGAGAGCCGCCAGUGUCACCACCAACGGGGACCGUUGAUAGCAGCAAUCCGAGCUCCAGCACAGCUAUUACACCCGCCAAUGAAAAUGCUCCUGUUUUAUCACUUUUCAACAACGGAGUGUUGGGCUUUCAACGACCAGACGCCUCUCCGCCAAAUAUCACUCUAUAUGGCACAACGAACCGCGAGUGGGAGAAACUCCGUCACGAGCUCUUAGCCCUCUUACCGUCGUCUAGUACUUUGAAGAGACUAGAGGCCAAUGGCUGCUGGUGGCUGGUCCGAGCCCAAUGCUUUCAAGACUACGAAGAAUCACUCCUUCCGUGUUCACUAGCUUCUUUCUCAACCCGACACCCUGUAGUCAUCGCCAAGGCUCUACUGUGGGUGGCUAUCUGUUUGCAGCAACUCCCACGGGUAUUCGCCGUUGAGUCAUUGGAGCUUCCCUGCCCUCUAGCUGAGCUCAUCGCAAAAUGCGUCAACAUUGUCGCACAUUCGAUUAGUUCUGAUGAGACGUUGGUAAGUGGCAUUGACGGACUAGAAUGCUUAGUCCUCCAAGGAAUAUUUUACAACAACGAUGGGAAAUUACGAAGUGCCUGGCUAUCUUAUCGACGUGCUCUAAACGUGGGUCAAAUCAUCGGCCUUCAUCGUCUUGCCCUGAAGGAGGAGCAUGAUUCUGAAUCUAUAUCGCGGGCAAAGCAUAUAUGGAAUCACAUACUUUAUGCAGAUCGAUAUCUUUCCUUGAUGCUAGGAAUGUAUCAUGGCAUUACCGAUGUGGCGUUAGAUUCGCAGCGCGUGCCUAGCGAGACACCUUCUUACUCUAUGGAUAUCCUUUGUCGCAUUGCUGGAUCGAUAAUCGAACGAAAUCAAAAGUUUACCACAGUCACUCCCCUAAUGGCGAGAAUGACACAAACCAUUGAUUCAGAGCUUAUGUCGGUCGAUCCUCCAGAGGUAGCCGAAGAAACCGAUAUUCCUACUUCAGGAAAGUCUAUGCAACGAGCUUGGGCGUAUGAUAAACUCAUGGCGAGGCUAUGGUAUUAUCAACUUCUGGCAUGGCUACACCUGCCACUUCUUCUCGAGUCUGGAGCCCACGGACGGUACGACUACAGCAGACAAAGUUGCCUCGAGGCAUCCCGGCACAUGAUUACAUGUUAUAUUUCCAUGCGCCGGCUGACUGCCGAAAGUUUCUGUUGCAAAUCGCUUGAUUUCCAGGCUUUUACCGCCGCUGUCACUCUUAUGAUCAGUCUAAUAGGACCAGGUGGUCAGUCCCAGUCCAGUCCGAAUGAUUGGCGCGCUGUUGAAAGUGUCAUGGAAACUCUGGAAAAAUUGGCAGAGGGACAGCCACCUGACAAGGUGGCAACUCGAGGACUUAGUGUACUACGCAUAUUGAAGAGUGUUGCUAAGGGCGAGAGACCAUCACAAUCUGCCAACUUCGCAGGGCUCUCGACUGAGGAUGACCAGUCCAACUGCGUCAAAGUCGACAUUCCGUAUUUUGGUACCAUCUCCCUCGAUUGCGGUAUUCACGGUAAUUACUCAGACAACCGAUCUUCUGAUUCCGUUCCAGCACGACCACUUCGGCCAUCAAUUCAUAUGGACUUUGGCGAAAGCUCCUUGCAGGCAGGGAUCCUUUCUGAUUCGAGCAAUACACAGGGUCAACUCACGGAUGGAGCGCCGGGGAUUCGCGUGGAAAUGGAACCGGCUGAUAUUUGGACAUUUGACCCGGAAUUGACGACACUUCCUCCGUUCCUAUCGGAGUUUGGAGACAACUGGGACCUAGGUCUUUAA